UGCUUUGGUCUCUCUCCCCACGGAAAUCGUGGGGGAAAAACCAGCGAGGGCAAAGAACACAGGAGAGCGAGCCGGAGGAGGAGAAGAGGAGGGAUCACCGGAUCAGGAUGCGGCUCUCCUUCCCCCUCGUCGCCGGCGCCGUCGUGAUUGGAGUGAUCUCGGGGAAUGUUAUCUUUGGGCCACCUCUUCAGAAGUACUGGGCAGAAAAGCAGCAACAGCAAGAGGCAGCAAAAGAGGGGCAAACUGGAACAACAUAACACAAGUGCAUUAAUUUUGCUGAAUUAGCGGCUGCCAACCUUACAACAAGUCAUACAACCAGUACGGCGAUGUUACUACAUUACAUUCUGAAACAACGUCUCCUUUACGUUGAGCCUAUGAGCUAGAUCAGUCUUUGUUAGCGUUGUUUGCGGUUAGUUGUAUGCCCUAGGUGUUAAAGGACAGUGCAAAAUGCAUAGCUGAAUGGAUUAUAAUGCAAACCUCAUUUUGGGCUAUAUUCAGUCUUAUUUAGUCUGCGAUAAUUAUCUGCAAAUUGGUUGAUACCCAAUUGUUCUCUCUACCUGUUCUAGCUUCCUUAACAGGCCUUCGGCUCGGCCCGGCCCGGCCCAAGCUAUGUGCCUUUCCCAUUCUGAGAAAUGGGAGUCGAGGCGGCGGGACACUGGAGACCAUUCCCGCGCAAUCGCAAGCCCUAGCCGCCCACUUUCCCGCCAAAAGAACGCGCUGGCUCGCCUCGCCCCGGCGAUCGCCGGAGCUGCGAUUCGACGCGGGAUGCCGAGGAAGGCAGCGCCGUCCGUCCAGCCGAACGCCGCCGCCGCAGGCGGCAAGUACUGGCUGCUGAAGACGGAGCCGGGCGAGUGGUCGUGGUCCGACCAGGCGCGCGCCCCCGGCGGCGUCGGGCCGUGGGACGGCGUCCGCAACCGCCAGGCCAUCAACAGCCUCCGCGCCAUGCGCGACGGGGACCGCUGCCUCUUCUACCACUCCGGCGCUGGGGCCGCCUCCCGCCGCGUCGUCGGCGUGGUGGAGGUCGCCAGGGAGUGGUACGAGGGGGAGGAGGUGGCGGACGGCGGGGGCGCCGUGGACGUGCGCGCGGUGGGGGAGUUCCAGAGGCCGGUGGCGCUCGGGGACAUCAAGAAGGCCGCGGGCGAGGUGGAGGGGAUGAGGGAGUUCCCGCUGCUCCGGCAGCCUCGGCUGUCGGUGAUGGCCGUGCCGGCGAAGGUCUGGGACUGGAUUUGCGAGAUGGGAGGGGGCUUUGUGCAAGAUGGGGAGGAUGGAGAUGAAAAAUGAUGCUUUCAAGUUUAUGUAGAUGCCGCGAUGUCCAUGUGGGGAAUUUAGCCAGAAGGAAGGUGGAAACAUUUUUGUGGUGUAAUUUGUCCUGCAGGAGAUGGGAAUUGAGAAGAACGCAACAUAGGUUCUUUGAUCCUGUUUCCAUCUAUCCACCAUAAAUAUUGUUAUUUAGUGUACUGAAUACUCUUCUAUCUAAGUUCAAAGUUAGGCCUCCAUUGUGGUUGCUGUUGCUUAGCUUGUGGCUUGCAAGUUCCAACUAGUUCAUCUACUUGCCCUCUGCUUUCGACCCAAUGACAUCGAUACAUGAUGUUAGCGAUUCCUGAAUCCUGACGUGUUCGUGAUGUAUAGAUUACCCACUAUAUUAGUAGUAAACAGCUUAUAUUGGAUACUGUGAACAGAGUGGCUUAACUUAGUUCACAGAUAUAUGAACAGAGAAGGGACAUUGUCAUCCAUAAUGCAAACUGAAUUAGAUAUAAUAGAUACUACGUAGAUAAAU